AUGAAGUUCAUGAAACUUGGAACUCGGUCGGACUCUUUCUACACCGAACAAGCUACCAGGAGUCUAGUUUCAGAUAUACCUCCUGACCUUGUGAUAAAAAUCAAUGAUACAACUUAUCUGCUACACAAGUCUCCGCUUCUUUCGAAAUGUGGCCUUUUACUAAGACUUGGUUCUGAUAUUAGUGAUUCUGAGAGUGUUCCUCUAGAGCUUCAUGAUAUGCCUGGUGGAGCAGAAGCUUUUGAACUCUGUGCUAAGUUCUGCUAUGGAGUUUCAAUCAACAUUAGUGCUCAUAAUUUUGUACCUUCACUCUGUGCUGCUAAGCUCCUCCAAAUGAAUGAAACCAUUGAGAGGGGAAACUUUGUAGGUAAACUUGAGUCUUUCUUCCGUUCUUGCAUUCUUGAAGGCUGGAAAGACUCCGUUUCAACACUGCAGGCCACCGAGAAGUUACCAGAGUGGUCUGAGAAUCUUGGCAUAAUAAGAAAAUGCAUUGAUUCGAUUAUUGAAAAAGUUCUUACACCUCUAUCACAGGUCAAAUGGUCUUACACUUACACUAGGCCUGGUUACAACAGAAAAGAGCACCAUUUUGUUCCAAAGGAUUGGUGGACUGAGGAUAUAUCCAUUCUAAACAUAGAUCUUUUCAGAUGCAUAAUAAUGACUAUUAGAUCAACACAUGUGCUUCCCCCGCAGCUUAUCGGAGAAGCGUUGCAUGUUUAUGCAUGUAAAUGGUUACCUUGCAUCAAAAAGGCUAAAAGUUCAGGAAGUUCAGCAUCACAAACAGAAGAAUCCAUUAGGGUAUCUUUGAAUAUUGAAAGAGAGUGA